AAAGCGUCUCUACCGUAUCGCCACACGUUGUCCGCAGCGGCUGAGUCACUCCUCGGCCGCAUCGAGAGUCGGUUAUGAACGUAAAAGGAGAAAAUGGAUGCCGCAGGAGCUCACGGGAGGUGUGGUGGAGCUCACGUGCAAAUCAUCUGCGCCUAGCGGCGUCUGCAAUGUCUAUUUGGUUGGAACUAGUCACGAUUGUCCGGAAUCUGGGAGAUUAGCUCAGGUUGCGGUGAAAUUCUUCAAGCCAGAGGUAGUUUUCUUGGAGUUGUGCUCUUAUCGCACACAUAUUAUAAUGGGUCAAAAUGCAAAGGUCCCAAGCAUUCGAGAAAUGGUGGAUAUGUGGAGGAAGAAUUUGACAAUUUCGUAUAUUCUUCACUACUGGUUUAUGACCAAGACUCAAAAAGAAUCAUGGGAUGGUAUAUAUGGUGGAGAGUUUUACUUGGCAAAUGCGGAAGCAAUGAAAUAUGGAGCCAAGGUUAUACUUGGUGAUCGACCAUAUCCGGUUAGCGCGAUGAGAUACAUGGGCAAGACGUCUCUCGUGCAUUUGUUGAUUCCACAAGAAAUAAGUUUGCCAAAAGAAGUUUACAACAAGAUCCAUGGAAAGGUUCAUGCUGGCGCCAUGGAUCGAAUCAAAGAGGAGUAUGCUAAGCAGGAUCCUAUCACGGCGCAGACUUUCAUUGAUGAGCGUGAUCAAUAUAUGUCAGCAAAGCUACGAGAAGUUGCAACACAGCAUAAGUCUGUGGUUGCUAUCGUCGGAAUGGCCCACGUACCAGGAGUGAAAAAAUACUGGAAUCCGAAGCACCCUUUAGACGUUGAGCAACUUCUUAGCAUUCCAAAACAGCCAAUAAGAGUGUGGCGUGUUCUUGCAUUUAUGAAAGGAGUUUUAGUCAUAAUCUUGAGGCUCAUACGCAUUAGCAUCAAAAGGCGAAGGGACAAGCUCAAGAAGAUGUAAGAUAUUACAAGCCAAUUCCUUAAUUUGCUUCAUCAGAAAAUGAAGGUGACUUCUCUCAUUCCGAUCAAUCGCCAAAAUUUCAUCUCGUGUUUAACAACAUAUGUAGCCCCAUGACUUCGUCAACUCUGGAUUGUUGCACAAUAAAAAUUAAAGUUUGUUACUCUAGACUUUUUUCGGAUGAGAAGUUGAAAGAAUCAAGAAAAAGUGUAUUGUUAC